GGCGGACCUGUUUAGAUUCUUCUUCGUACCAACUUGCACUCCAAGGCUGCGAAUGGCAGGCGGCAGGGAGGCGGCUCCUGCAGAACCCUCAGAGCCCGCAGAGCCCGCAGAACCCUAGGCCGAUCCUCCCGCGGGAGCGGUGCCCUCACCGGAGUAGCCGGCAUCCUCACAGUCCAUCACAGGAAGGCCAAGCCCUCCUGAGUUCUUCCUGUGUUAAGGAUCCAUUCAUUUAUAGACUCAACAGUUACUGAACACUGGACGUGUGUGUAAUAGGCCCAAAUUUAGGUGCUUGGGAAAUAGCAGUGGACGAAAGAAGCAGCCUUCUCCUCUCCACAACUAUCAUGGUACUUACAUUGUGGUGGGCCAGAUAAAAAAAACAAGCCCUGUCUGCUCAUGCCCUGUCACUUCCUAAAAAGAGAAGGAAAUGACCGAGUCCCAGGAAACAGUGACAUUCAAAGAUGUGGCUAUUGAUUUCACUCCGGAAGAAUGGAAGCAAUUGGAUCCUGCUCAGAGGAACCUGUACCGGAAUGUAAUGUUAGAAAAUUAUAACAACCUAAUCACAGUGGGCCCUCCACUCACCAAACCUGAUGUGAUUUUCAAGUUGGAGCAAGAAGAAGAGCCUUGUGUAGUGACGGAAGAAGUGUUAAAGAGACACUGCCCAGGAGAAAAAUGGGGAAUUGAUGAACAUCAGAAAACCCAGGACAGACUUUUGAGACAAGUUUUCAAGGAACCAAUAGCUGAAGAAGCAAAUGAAUGUCCUAAGAAAUUUGUAAAAGCAUUUCCUCCAAACUCAGAUUUUAUUCCUUCUAGACACAAUCUCUGUGAACAUGAUGGGCUUGGAAAGUGUUUAGAACAUAAUUUUGACUGUCAUAAUAAUGUGAAAAGCCCAGUAAAAGAGGAUCAUUUUGAAAAUGAUGAUGCUGUGAAAUCAUCUGACAAUAGCACACCCCAUUUUGUAGUGACCCCCUUUAAAUGUAAUCAUUGUGGAAAAGGCUUUAGUCAAACAUUGGACCUUAUUAGACACCUGCGAAUUCAUACUGGAGGGAAACUCUAUGAAUGUAGAAAAUGUGGAAAAGCUUUUAGCCACAAGGAAAAACUCAUUAAUCAUCAUAAACUUCAUAGUAAUGAACAGUGUUAUGAAUGUAAUGAAUGUGGGAAAACUUUCAUUAAAAUGUCAAAUCUCAUUAGACAUCAAAGAAUUCAUACUGGAGAGAAACCCUAUUCAUGUAAGGAAUGUGAGAAAUCCUUCAGCCAGAAAUCUAAUCUCAUUGACCAUGAAAAAAUUCAUACUGGAGAGAAACCUUAUGAAUGUAAUGAAUGUGGAAAAUCAUUCACCCAGAAGCAAAGCCUCAUUGCACAUCAGAAAGUUCACACUGGGGAGAAACCUUAUGCAUGUAAUGAAUGUGGUAAAGCCUUCCCUCGAAUUGCAUCCCUUGCUCUUCACAUGAGAAGUCAUACAGGAGAAAAACCUUACAAAUGUGAUAAAUGUGGAAAAGCCUUUUCCCAGUUUUCCAUGCUUAUUAUACAUGUGAGAAUCCAUACAGGUGAGAAACCUUAUGAAUGCAACGAGUGUGGAAAAGCCUUCUCUCAAAGCUCGGCACUAACCGUACAUAUGAGAAGUCACACAGGUGAAAAGCCCUAUGAAUGUAAGGAAUGUAGAAAAUCCUUCAGCCAUAAGAAAAACUUCAUCACACAUCAGAAAAUUCAUACUAGAGAGAAACCUUAUGGAUGUAAUGAAUGUGGUAAAGCUUUUAUUCAGAUGUCAAAUCUUGUUAGACACCAGAGAAUUCAUACCGGAGAAAAACCUUAUAUAUGUAAGGAAUGUGGCAAAGCUUUUAGCCAGAAGUCAAAUCUCAUCGCUCAUGAAAAAAUUCAUUCUGGAGAAAAACCCUUUGAAUGUAAUGAAUGUGGUAAAGCCUUCAGCCAGAAGCAAAACUUUAUUACACAUCAGAAAGUUCAUACUGGAGAGAAACCUUAUGACUGUAAUAAAUGUGGUAAAGCCUUUUCUCAGAUCGCAUCCCUUACUCUUCAUUUGAGAAGUCACACAGGGGAAAAGCCUUAUGAAUGUGAUAAGUGUGGGAAAGCCUUCUCUCAGUGCUCAUUGCUUAACUUACAUAUGAGAAGUCAUACGGGUGAGAAGCCUUAUGUGUGUAAUGAAUGUGGAAAAGCGUUCUCUCAAAGAACUUCCCUUAUUGUGCAUAUGAGAGGUCAUACUGGUGAGAAACCCUAUGAAUGUAAUAAAUGUGGAAAAGCCUUCUCCCAGAGCUCAUCCCUUACGAUACACAUACGAGGUCAUACAGGCGAGAAACCCUUCGACUGUAGCAAAUGUGGAAAAGCCUUCUCUCAGAUCUCAUCCCUUACUCUUCAUAUGAGGAAACAUACAGGAGAAAAGCCCUAUAACUGUAUCGAGUGUGGCAAAGCUUUCAGCCAAAAGUCACAUCUUGUCAGACACCAGAGAAUCCAUACUCACUAGCAGCCCUGUGAACAUUGUGAAUAUGGGGAAUGCCUUCUGAAGGAAUUAACCCCUCAUAGCACACUACUUGAUCAGUUCUAGAGCAGAAAAUUCUGAGUAGGAAAGCUUUGCAAAGAAGCCACACAUUAGUUCUUACUGAGAUGACCUCAUUGAAUAAGAAACCUGACCAUCAGAACUUUGGGCACUUCAUUGUUAUCUAAUCAGUAUUCACAUUCAAAUCUGGAAGAAAAUUCUUGCUGCAUAUCAACAUACUUGAGCUCCUUGCCAAUGUAUUAAGCAAGAAAAAGAUUGGGAAAAAAGAAUGAUAACUUUUUAUACAUAAUAUGAGAUGCUCAAACCCAAAACAAGUGAUUUUAAAGAAAUAAGGAAUUUGUCAAUAGGAAAAUCUAAGAAUUAUGUAACAUAUCUACAAAGUUAUAAAACAUGUUGCCAGUCACAAAAGUACACCUCAAAAAUAAAAUUAAAUGUGAAAAGACUUGAAAGUAUAAAAAUAGUUCUCUGAUUUUUCUAAGUUUAAUAUAAUUCUCAAAUUUAUACAUCAGUUGUAAAGAGUUUCAUGCACCAAUUCAGUUUCUGUAUGGUAAGGCAAAGGACCACAAGUA